AUUUGCCUCGUUGGCUAUAUAUCGCAUAUCGGCAAAUAAAUGUACUUGUAGGAUAGCUAUUGAAAAAGCACAGAUGAAUAACUUAAAGCUAACGUUGUCAGUCAGUUUAUAUUUAAACGGGUUAUUUAAUGUGAGAAAUACAUUUUAUACAUGAGUGUGAUACAAUAUUAGUGAAUAUUUUUAUAGAGUUGUAUGAUAAGCUCGAACUCAAGGUUCGACCAUUCGUGCAUGUGGGGAUUAGUGAUUUGUUACACAGUCUGCCGGCUAUGGUUUAGGUUUAAAAACAAGUAAAGAAGAAAUGCCGAUAAGUAUGAAGCGGGUACAAAGGAUAGGACGGACAAUUGUCCUUGUUGCACUCCCAAUGGUUGUGAUAUUCACAUUGAUAAAUAUGUAUCUUCUAACUUUCGUUCAUCGAGGAAGUUCUGAAACAACAUUUAUUCUGAACGAAAGAGUUUAUAAUAAAAAUAGUGAUUCUAGUUCAAAGAAAUUACCAGAACUUCGCAAAAAGGACAGCAGGGAUGACAAUGCAAUGAAUCUGAGACAGUUUGAUGACGCAGAGAAAGAACUAAAUAAAAAGUCUGGAGACGGUGAUGAAGUAUCCCCCGAAGUUAAAGACGUAAAAUCUGCAAAAGACGCCUUAGUUGUAAUGAAAGACGAAGCAGUUGAUAGAAUGGUUGAGAAGUUAAAGAUGGCAAACAACUAUUCGUUCUUUCCCAGUUAUUUUUGGAACAGUAGUCUACAUGAUCUUACAAGACGGUUAGGCGCCACUGCCAAACAUAAAGCAAGGACUCUACCCGGAUAUGCUCAAAUUAAACGUUUUAGUGGUAAAAUGCCAGCAUGGAAGUUAUUUCACAGAAACAUUCGUCAGUUUUCUUUGUACGACCCAGACGAUCCAAACUUGUAUGGAAUGCUUAUAGACAUGGCAACACUACCUAUGAUAGAAGGAGAGGAAAAUGAUGGCGGUACUCAGCUAAAAAUCAAUGUAAGAUUUAGCAAUGAGGGCAGAGCAGUUAUCAAGUUUAUGAGAUACCCCAGAGAGGUAGAAGCAGAUGAGAAUCGAUAUAUUUUUGAUGAUCUAGAAAGGCACAUUGCUGAAAUAGCUGCAUUUCAACUUGACAAAACACUUGGGUUUUAUCGAGUACCUCCAACGAUUGGAAGACGGGUAAACAUUACGUCUGAGCUAGAACCAAUCAUGCCAAAGUCCAUUAAAGAUACUCUUUUUAAAUCACCAGCCGGAAAUUUGUGUUUCUAUGGUGAAUGCGAUUACUACUGUGACAGUGCGCAUGCAUUCUGCGGACAUCCCGAUACCAUUGAAAUUUCUGUACAGAGUUACCUACCGUCCAGAAACAUUGCUAAAAGGAAGUCUUGGUAUCAGCCAUGGAGGCGUUCAUACAGCAAAUACCGCAAGGCAUAUUGGGAGAAGAAUGAUGAUCUGUGUGACACUAUACGAAACGAAUCACCAUACAACAACGGCAAACUUCUUUUGGAUAUGAUAGAUGCACAUACAUUUGACUUUUUAUCAGGUAACAAGGACAGACAUAGUUUUGCGACGUUCAAAGAUUUUGGCAACUACACGUUUCCAAUUAUGUACGACAAUGGAAGAGGGUUCGGGCGACAGACGUAUGACGCCAUGUCCAUUUUAGCACCUUUACGUCAGUGUUGUUUGAUACGGAAAUCGACGUUGCUGAAAUACGUUAAAUUAUACGUUGGUCCUGAAAGACUUAGUGUUCUAAUGGAAAAAGCUUUAGGGUCGGAUCCUAUAGCACCAGUGUUAAUUAAACCACAUUUGAAUGCUUUAGACAGGCGGUUGUUGAAAAUUUUACAGGCAGUUGCUGAGUGUAUAGAAAAAUUCCCAGUGAAUAAAGUAGUGGUGUCUGAUAGAUUCUGAAAAUAUUUAUUUAUUAUUGGUGAUUGGUUUAUAUAAAAACAUACACAAUUGAAGGAUGAGCAUUUUGUUGUCCAAAUGAUGUGAUAACGCUUGUAAGGGGCCACAACCAAACGGAAAAGGAGGGUCGUUUUAUUCCUUAUUUAUAUGCCUGUUUGCGAAAGAAAAAGCAACAACACUGCUAGAUAACAAUAAAUGUAAAAGAAUUACAUCCUGUUACAGUUUUGAAAACUUGAAGUGCCUUUGAUAGUUUCAAUCAGUUUGAGUUGAUAAAAGUUUAGCAAGAAACGUAUGCUGUUUAGAAUCCAAGAAAUUGUGGGAUUAUUGUCCUUUGUAUCUUAUCAUACUUGGAAUAGGAAACUGAAGGAAAUGAUGUAAAUGAUAAAAAAAGACAAAAAAGUAUGGAAUUUUGUAUAUGGAUACGGUUAAUCAUUACAAUAAUAUUAUAUUAAUGUUGAUAACGAGAACAGUAAUGACAACGAAGGCAAGAAUGAUAAAAGAAAAGAUGUGAUGCAUGUAUUACUAUCACUUUAACGAUAGCACGUCACUGAAGACAAAAAACAAAACAAAAAAAACAUAAAGAUAAAUCAAUGAAGUGCAUUGUCAGAUAUGUAACCUUUAUACUGGAGCACAUGCGCAUUAAAUGUUUAGUAUGAAUGGUUCAGGUACAUUUGUUCAGAGUCUAAUUUGAACAGAGUGAAUUAAUUAAUUUAAGAAGAUAAAAGGUAAUUAAGAAAACAAAACCUCCAAUCCCCUCUAUACGUAACCAUUUGAUUAUGGUAAACGAUGAACACUUAUAUAUUGCUUAUAUAUUAAUUGCUUAUAUAUAAAGUACCCGCUGAAAUUCGAGGACGAAUUUCAAAAUGGUGGGGAAAUAUGUCACGGUAUAGAACUUGAAUAUUAAAACGGGGAGAAUAUGUUUAGGCGGCCGGGUAGCUCAGUCGGUAGAGCAUCGGAAAGGUAUUCCGUGGCCCCGGGUUCGAGUCCCGGUCUGGCCGCACAUUUUUCUCACCCUGUGACAUUUGGCGCCCAACAUGGGACCGUGACGGCAUUACACUGGUUAGUCUCCGACGCCUGUAAUUGCUUAUAUAUAAAGUAACCGCUGAAAUUCGAGGACGAAUUUCAAAAUGGUGGGGAAAUAUGUCACGGUAUAGAACUUGAAUAUUAAAACGGGGAGAAUAUGUGUAGGCGGCCGGGUAGCUCAGUCGGUAGAGCAUCGGAACGGUAUUCCGUGGCCCCGGGUUCGAGUCCCGGUCUGACUGCACAUUUUUCUCACCCUGUGACAUAUGUAUGUAACAUAUGCCGAUAUCUUAACAGUAUUAAUGUACGUUUUCCUGUGCAAGAAUUGUUAUUACGGUGAUAGUGUAAUUCAUACGUACACAUGCACAUACAAGUCAAACCGCCGCAACAUUAAGCUCAACUUCUUAGUUUGUUGUCCUGUGACAGAUGACAAGAUUUACACCGGACGGAAAACACGCUUCAAGACAAGUUUGCUGAUACUGAGUUGGCCCUGCAUUCUACAUUUUUGUUGUGCAAUAUAUUUUGUUAAAUAUAAAUAAAGUUUUAACAUAUGUUUUUGCUCUUUGGCAGACUUUACUUUCAGCAUUUGCUUUUAAUGUACUUAAGCAUUUGCUUUUAAUGUACCUGCAGCAUUUGCAUUUUUAUCAUUUACAAGGAAUAAAGAGUUUUAGAUUUGUA